CAUAGCAACCGGUAAAUCAUUGGAUAGCAACAGGCAGGUUCUGGAGAACGUUUGCUUGGUGUCUUGUUUUGGAUAGGCUGCGAGUGACGGCAACAAAUUAACACAAUGAGUAUCAAUUUUCACGCUAAUCAAUAUGAACAAGCGUUCACCCCUCACCGUUUACAAAAUUGGGAGGUACCCAAAAACGAAGAAGGAAAGUAUCCACAAAGCCAAACUGGUUUUACGAGGGUCAAGGCCAACGACAGAGGGCAUCUGCUUCCCAAUGUCCCGAGAGAGAGAACCUCACCUUGGGGGGCGUAUGUAGGGACGUGGGACAUGCCGACUAAGAUUCCAGGAAACAGAGUGUUGAACCCAACUGCCAGGUCAGAGGGCGCCGUCCUGAAGGGUCAGUCCAUGAAAGAAAAGGGAGAUGUGGUCAUCAGUGGAGCCUUGAAGAGAUGCCAUACUGUUGACCCACUUCCGGUGAAGAUGGAUGCCCCUGAUGACCAGAUUCCAGCAGGCAUGAUCUGCGAGCCAGUUGGAGGCAUGGGUGGUCAACCGUCGACACAGAUGCCCUGCCCUCAGAUUGAGAGUACCUACUAUGCCUCUAAUCAGCCACGCGCCAUGUCCCGCAAGGCGAGCGCCGAGGGCCUCAACUGGCCCACCGCCAAGAGCCCCGCAUGCAAGUCCCCCGUGGGCCAUGCCCAGUCUCCUAAACCCGUGACCCCGAUGGCCGUGGCCGACAUCAAUGUGCAGGAGGACGCCCGCAAGUUGGUCUCGCCGUUGGCCCAGAACAAUAACAACGCCGUGACUGGUGGCCUCAAGACUCCUGAUGCCGACCUGCAGAACCGUGCCGAGAAGCCGCCAACCCCUCAGAACAGGAUAACGGGGAUGAAAAGCCCACAGAACAUUCCGGUGGAUGGUUCGAACCCCCAGGCAGAAGCAGCCCUCAUCUCGUAAUCUUGCUUGUGCAACAUUUAAGUUCAGGGCUCUCUUUUACCUUUACUUUACCCCUCUCCUAUCUAACAAUCUGUCUUGUCUGUCCUUUAGUAUUAAAUUGCAGAGGGCACAGAACCUUUAGAUAACAGCACCACAAAACUUUUACUGUUAAAAAAACUGUAAUUUUCAUUUUUUACAGUUUUUAGCUGUCCAGGUCUGGAUGCCAUGGGACAUUACAAAGGUUAUUUAUGGUAUCAUUUGACAAUAUCAGUUCAGUAAAACUAAAAGCGGAGUGGGGCUCGAUUAGUUUUACUUAGUAAGAUAAAGUUAUAUGCUUUAACUUUUAAGUUCAAUACGGAAAUACAUUUUGUAUAUAUAUAUAUGUUAUAUCUAUUGCAGAACAUGUGACUUUCAAGAAGAUUUCUUAGAUGCUUGGAGAGGUACAUUUAUAUGAAUGUAUGCAUUUCAAAAAUUGUGAAACCAUUCCAUAAAAGCCUUAGUGUUUUUUGCUAAAUUCUUCCUGUCCACAUUGUACACUGCAAUAGUACAAUGUAUUUGUAAAUAUAAUGGCUAUACCCUAAUAAAUGUUGAGCACAGGAUUGGCACGGUUGUGACAUGUGUAGUGUUGUGCUGUUCACUAAACUUUCUA